GCACCGUCUCCGGCUCGCCUGCUGCGCGCCCCUCCAAGGGCUGCUCAAACGCGCCCCGCUUAACAAUCUUUUAACAACUCAUGUCUGGCGACUUCAACCCCUACGGCCUGCCGCCAUCCGCGGGGGGCUCCCAAGCCACUCUCCGCGGCGAGUCACCUUAUUUACGCCCGGCGGAGAACAACCUGCCAAAGGAGUCUCUCACGUCAAUCCCCCGCGAGUUCGCCCCCUUGCUACAAGAGCAACCAGCCCCGUACAACAGCAGCCCGCUCGCCGGCAAGGAGUCCGAGAGCGGGUACCUGACAGAUCCACGGCCCGCGAAGCGCCCUUUCUACAAGACUCUCUGGUUCUGGAUCGCCGCGAUUAUCAUCGUCGCCGCGGCCGUCGUCCUUCCUGUCUACUUCGUGGUCAUCAGGCCGAAGCAUGAUAGCAAGACCAGUUCGGGCAGCGCCGCCACCGCGUCGAACUCGACUGGCACGACACCGACGACAGGGAGCGCUCAGGCGCUCGUUCAGUUUGGCGGCGACGGGAGCACGGUCACCAAGGAUGACGGAACGACGUUCAUUUACAACAACACAUUCGGCGGAUACUGGGUAUCUAACGCCGAGGACCCCUACGACAACUCCGCACGCCCAAAUUCGUGGACGCCUCCGCUUAAUCAGAGCUGGCGCUGGGGCGAGGACCGCAUCAACGGCGUGAAUCUCGGUGGACUCUUCGUUCCCGAGCCCUUCAUCGUCCCGGAGCUGUUUGAGACCAACCCGGGCGCGGUGGACGAGUGGACGCUCUCUACAAUCCUCGCGGGCAAGGGUCAGCUGCAGUCGGUUCUCGAGAACCACUACGACACGUUCAUCACCGAAGAGGACAUUGCGCAAAUCGCAGGUGCGGGCCUGAACUGGAUACGCGUCCCGAUUCCCUUCUGGGCGAUCGAGACUUGGACAGAUGUCGGUGUGGACGGGUCGGGCCAGACUGUGGCAGAGCCCUUCUUGGCUAGGGUGUGCUGGAAAUACAUCCUUCGUCUCAUUGGCUGGGCACGCAAGUACGGCCUGCGCGUUUUGCUUGACCUCCACACCAUUCCUGGUUCACAAAAUGGAUACAACCACUCUGGCAAGCUUGGGUCGUUGAACUGGCUCAAUGGACCUAUGGGUCUUGCUAACGCUGAGCGCUCUCUGGACUACAUCCGAACCAUCGUCGAGUUCAUCUCCCAGCCCGAAUACAAGGACGUCGUCCAAAUAUUCGGUAUUCUCAACGAGCCCUUCCUUCCUACCAUUGGCCGCGCCCCCAUCGAGUCAUUCUACCUCCGGGUCUACGAGAUGGUUCGCGAGAUCACGGGCACGGGCGAAGGCAACGGCCCGAUGAUCUCCUUCCACGACGGCUUCGACGCGCUUAAGAACUGGGCGAAUUUCCUCCCCGGCGCGGACCGCAUUGUCAUCGAUGAUCACCCGUACUUUGCGUUCGAUGGUCAGCCGAACAGGGAACCUGUAAACAUCACUGCGGACGGCGGUGACGGUACACAGCUGGGCGGAAAGUGGCCGCUUCAGGCGUGCAACGCGUGGGGCGCAAACAUGAACACCAGCCGCGCGAACUUCGGUAUUUCCGUCGCGGGCGAGUUCAGCAACGCAAUCAACGACUGUGGUCUUUGGGUCAUCGGAAUCGGCGUAAAGCCCAACUACGGCCCCGACUGCGGGUACUGGGCAGACGCUUCGCAGUGGUCGGACGCAAACAAACAGGGUCUGCUCAACUUUGCGCUCGCCUCUAUGGACGCGCUCGGCGACUUCUUCUUCUGGACUUGGAAGAUCGGCGCGUCGACCACCACGAACACCGUGCAAGCACCACUGUGGUCGUACAAGCUCGGCCUCGAGAACGGCUGGAUGCCCAAGGACCCGCGUUCCGCGCGCGGCAUGUGCGAAAGCCUCGGCGUCACCCCGCAGCCAUUCAACGGACCCUUCCAGCCAUGGCAGACGGGUGGCGCGGGUGCGGGCACGAUCGCGCCUGCUGCGACAGCAAGCAUUCAGCAGUGGCCGCCCACCCUUCAGAACGUCCCGACAGGCGGCGCCUCCGCGUUGCCGCAGUACACGAGCCUUGCCACGCCCGUCACGCUCCCUCCGCUGACGCCGACCGCCACCGCGAGCGUCACAGUGACUGCUACGGCGGGCAACGGCUGGUUCGACGCGCAGGACACCGCGCCCGCGGUGACCCCUAUCUCGGGCUGUGCGUACCCCGACGCGUGGGACGCCAUCGGCGCGCAGGUGCCGCUCUCGGGCUGCCUCCCUGGCCCUACUUCGACAUGAUACGGGAGGAGGCGCAUGGAUGCUGGCGUUCGUUCGCCGUUUUCUUGACAUUCGUUUACAUUGGACAUUUUGGACUUUAUACCCCUUUAUAAUUAUUCGGGUUUCGGUGCUGCAUUUUGUCAUGUGGUUGCUUGCUUCCAGC